GCAUAUUUGGAGACCGACCCCCGACAUAAAACGCCCAAUAGAAUUGAUUUUGUAUCAGAAAGACAGCGAGAUGCUUUGCUACUAUUACGGACUGGUGGUUGCUCUGCUCAACGCCUUUCAACUCUCUGGUGAGUAACUAACUAACUAUCGCACUUAUCAGCGGUCUCGCCCUUGUUUUCACGCCUCCAAAUAUGCUUUUUUCCUCUAGCAACCUAACUAGAACUCUAGUGUAACUCUACGUAGCUACAAUCGCGUGUAGCUAUAGCAAUUUGCCUCCCCAUACACGGACCUCGCAACGUUUUUUGUUGUAACGUGCGUAGCUAGCUAACUACUUUGCUCGGUGCAGGAGCCCAAGGCUUCCACGUCCAGAUGACCACCACACAUACAGUGCGUCGCCUGCGGCCCGGACAGCCCCCCCGGGUGCCGCUCCAGAGACUGCAGUAUCCCCGUCGGCCAGGAGGUCCAGGUCGACUGUACCGUGGCCAUGGACUGCGAUCCCCUCUCCCACCCCCUCCGUAUGCUCCGCGUCUCCAGUGGCGGGAUAGAGGAAAUCGUUGCUGGGGAUAUCAUUGGAGUGAUGCCCGGUUUUAUAAGCCUCGAAACAACCGGGUGCUCCGUGAGACUCACUUUCAGGGCUACCCUUGCCGCCAACAACCUCGUCCUACAGUGUGGAGUGAGCACCAACGAAGUAAUGGAGUAUUCUAAAGCCAGAGUACUAGCAGUCAGAGAGCCUCCAGCUACUGCCAGUCCAGCCCCUGUGGCUACUUCUUCACAUCCGCUGGCACCUACUCCUUCCCCGGCACUUCCACCAUCAACGACACCUUCCACAACAGAGAUUACAUCACCUCCUAUUACAUCAUCAUCAUCAUCUACCACAUCUACUGGUACAUCAGGUCCCGGCUCGUCGGCGGGAGCCGCAGACUGUGUUUGCAACAUUCCAACAGCUCUUCCCACUUCCCUACCAAAUGGAGCACAGACUUACUCUCUCAGUACAUUGCUAACACUCUUAUUGACAUUUCUCUCAGUUAUGUCCGUGUGUCUAUGAUAGCUACUCGUGUGUGUUUUUUUGUAAGUCUUUACAUUUCCGUCAGUGUUGUGUAUUUUUGUGCUUGUUUGAUACUGGUGCACGUGAUCACUUUUGUAUCGGUGGUUUUUUUAUUAUUAUGAAGUCAUUCAGUUGCUGGUCAACAUUAAAAGGUUCAUGCUACAAUGAUACUUUGUAUUAUAGUUUCACCACCAGUGGUUUUAAAAUAAAAUGUCAUCAGUGUGUAUAUUAUAGGAAAAAUGUCAGUCUUAAGGUGCGCUCCUAAUUUCGAACAACACGACGUGGCAAACUCACCACUGUUUUAUAAUUG